GGAUGAUAAAUGAGUCAGAUAAAGAAAGAAGCAAGCUUCUAGACUGGCAUAAGCGUGCAAACAUUAUCAAUUGAAUUGCUCGAGGACUUCUAUAUCUUCAUCUAGAUUCUAGAUUGAGGAUCAUCCAUAGGGAUCUCAAAGCAGCCAAUAUUUUACUAGACGGUGAAAUGAACCCAAAAAUUUUAGAUUUUGGUGUCGCCAGAACAUUUUUGGGAGAGCAAAAUGUGGCCAAUACUAAUAAAGUGGUUGGAACAUAUGGUUACAUGCCCCCUGAGUAUGCUGUGCGUGGACUUUUCUCAGUUAAAUCUGAUAUUUUCAGUUUUGGGGUUUUGGUACUUGAGAUAAUAACUGGGAAGAGUAACAGGGGAUUUCUUCACCCACAUCAUCAUCACAGUCUUCUUGGACAUGCAUGGAUAUUGUGGAUUGAAAGGAAUCCAUUGGGACUAAUUGAUGAGAGUGUCCUUACUGAUUUUACUACACCAUCAGAAGUUUUGAGAUACAUUCAUGUUGGGCUGUUAUGCGUGCAGCACAGACCAGAAGAUAGGCCAGACAUGUUAUCUGUGGUUCUCAUGUUGAGAGGUGAGAGUGCAUUGCCUGAACCAAAGCAACCUGGCUUUUUCACAGGACAGAAUCUACCUGUUGUUGAGUCUUCAGAAAGCAGGAGCCAAUUAAGUUCAAUAAAUGAGCUUUUUAUUGCAGAGUUAGAUGUACGAUAGUGGAAAAAUGAAGUAGCAGAAAAUGGUAAUCAAUUGUCACAGUGAUGAUUACCAUUUUGAUCUUCUACCUCCAAUCCAAUGCAUUUGAAAUAAAAGUCUCUGAGCCAUCAUUUACUUUGAAUAUAGAUGACAAGUCAAA